AUGUUAAGUAUAUGCCCUCCGAGUGCUCAGAUCGCAGCUGUUUUGAGAUCUUUGCUAAGAAUUGUCUGUAAGAGUAGUUGUAAUGUUAAGAAUUUGGAUAAUCUGUCGCUUGUAAUCCACGGACCAAAUGACUUAAGACUCGAACAAACGCCUAUAAAACAACAUUUGGAAGAUAAUGAUGUUAAGAAUUUGGAUAAUCUGUCGCUUGUAAUCCACGGACCAAAUGACUUAAGACUCGAACAAACGCCUAUAAAACAACAUUUGGAAGAUAAUGAUGUUAAGAAUUUGGAUAAUCUGUCGCUUGUAAUCCACGGACCAAAUGACUUAAGACUCGAACAAACGCCUAUAAAACAACAUUUGGAAGAUAAUGAAUGUCUUCUCGAAACACACAGUUGUGGUUUUUGUGGAACUGACAUCCACUUAAUGGACCAUGGUCGUAUGGCAGACUUCAUUGUGAAAGAACCCCUAGUUAUAGGCCACGAGACCUCUGCCACAGUCAUAGCGAUUGGUAAAAACGUGACAAAUUUGAAAGUUGGAGACCGAGUGGCGGUCGAGACGGCUAUUCCCUGUCAGAAGUGCGAGUACUGUCGAGAAGGCAAAUACAAUUUGUGUCCCAUUUCUAACACUCAGGCCAGAGGUUUGCCACCAAAACACGGAUGUCUUCGUCGUUAUUACGCACAUCCAUCGGAUUUCUUGUUCAAACUUCCGGACAACGUUUCCUGGGAAGAGGGGGCGAUGUGUGAGCCCUUCUCAUGCAUAGUCCACGCCUGUCGUCGACUUAACAUAACCGCCGGUCAGAAUGUGUUGGUCUGUGGCGCCGGUGCGAUGGGAAUGAUGGCCUUCCUGUGCGCCAAAGCUUUCGGCGCCAAUAAAGUGUUUAUAACAGAUCUGAACAAAAGUCGUUUAGCA